AUGAAAUGUGACCGGAAAGAGCCGUGUGACAACUGCACUACGGCAGGCAGACAUUGCGAAUACGUCAAGGCCGCCAGCAAGGACGAAGGACUGCAACACAAGAUCACCGAAUUAAAGGAGGCGAAGGAUGCAUUGGAUGCAGGGCUUCUGGCAGCUCAGGCACAGGCUAGCCAACCGCGUAAACGCAGCAAAGCGCGUGGCGCUUCGUCAAGUGACGAUGGGAAGGAAGAUGAUUCCGGCGACGACGUUUACCUCGAACCCAGUCCCUUCGCCGUGGUAGGCGUGGCAUAUGCCAAUGAAAAUAAGCCAAGCGAUGGGAUGGACGACCUGGGGAUCCGAAUCGGCCGGAUGUCGCUCGGGGAGAAGGUCGGGGGCCUGUACCAUCCGAGAUUCGCCGAUGAGGUGCGUCGAGUGUCUCCCGCUCAAGGUCCGGGGUCUGGGUCCGGCCCACGCCGUGGAGGUGCCUCCAAGCCUGCUGCAGGAGAUGUUGCGUCUCUGCAGGCACAGCUGACGCCCUCGGAAGCUUUUCUCUUCGGCCAUACUACCACGAGUAAGGUGCUCACCGAGUAUCUCCCGUCGCGGACCUUGUCCGAUCGAUUAUUGGAGAGGUACUGGUGCGCCGUUCACCCAAUAGCGCGAGUUGUCCAUCGUCCGUCCUUUCUUGAGCGUUACGAGGCACUGUAUGAGUAUCUUGAACAAGGCUCGCCGCCGCCUCCAUCCUUGAUCGCAAUCGUCUGUGCUGUCCUCUUCUCAGCCGCAGUGAGCAUGUCAGAUGCCGAUGCAGUGGAAAUUGGGAUGUCCGGAAACUCGAAGCAGAACCUGCUGGCACAAUUCAAAGUUGGCACGGAAGCCGCACUCGGCAGGGCACAUCUGAUCAGGACCAGCUCGUUGGAGACGUUGCAGGCCUUUGUGGCUUAUCUGCUCCCAUUAUGUCUCGGUCAGAUGUCUCGAGUCCACACUGUCGUUGCCGGCAUGUUGGUUAGAUUGGCAGAGUGCCUCGGUCUGCACAUUGACCCGGUCGAGUUUGGCUUCAGUCCUGCCGAAUGCCAGAUUCGAAGACUCAUCUGGUAUCAAGUCUGCCACAUCGACCAAAGUACCAGCUUCGCCCAAGCUCCUCGUCCGUUCAUCCACCCAAACGGCUACACCACGCAGCUUCCUCUAGUUAUCUCCACUGAUGCUCCGGUUUACUGGAACGAUAUGGUAUACACAAAUCUCUUUUUCGAGUGUAGAGAGAUGGUUCGGCGGAACCAGAUGCACCUUCAUCGCGUCGACCAACGCAAAAUGUCCCUCACCAAAGCAAUAUCCUUGAUCGAAGAGUUCCGGAUAGCGAUGGACGUCAAAUACGGCCCAUACAUUCAUCACGCCACUCCAGGUCCGAUGCAGAGAAUGACCAGUUUGGUUCUUACCCUACACACCACUCAUCUAUACGUGAUGCAGCUGGCUCGAUACUUGGCCAGCGUCAGCUAUCGAAUGCCCGACCGUCUACGUCAGAUCCUUCUGGCCAAGGGGACUGAGCAUCUGGAGGUUGCCAUGGAGCUGGACUCCGCUCCGGAAUUCAAGCAGUGGGCUUGGUACACUCCCGCAUUUCACCAAUACCAUAUUGCUGUUCUGUUUAUGAUUGAAGUAAUGCGUUUCCCACGACGACGUGAGGCAUCUCGUAUCUGGCGGUGCUUGGAUUUCAUCUACGAGGAGCCGUUAUCCACCAGUGCCAUUGCUCCAUUGGCGGUCCUUAACCCGACGAUUGACCAGGUCAUCCACCAUCGUGAUGUCAAAGCUCGAUAUCUUCUAGGCCUGCUGGCUGAUGAAAUGGACGUGUACCAAGAUACAAAACAGACAAAGGCACCGUCCCACGUGGUGAAUGCGCCAGUCGGUAUGGCGCCCGAGAGACCAGGGGAGACUCGCGAUCCUUCAAUGCCACUCAACUCAGCUUAUGGCGAACCCACCGCUCCCGAGGCAGAGCAGCCUCGCCAGCCGCAUUUCCAGGCCAUACCCGGAGUGUCGCAGCCGAUCAGCAUUCUAUCCCAGCCGAGUGACGGAGCCUUUCAUGGCAGCUUCCCAGAGAUCCUCCCAGCCAAUAUCACCCCACACGGGUGGUCCUCCUCAUCCGGCACCCCAUCAUGGACCCAGUCUCACUACAGAUUCUCCGAGACGACCUCAUCUUUGCCCGGUGUUUCGGCUCCACAAGGCUUGUAUGGGACUACCCCAGCGACAGACUCAAGUCAGUCCACUUCGCAAUACCCUCCGGCCGGUCCCGAUGAUAUAUACAACAUUGAUGUCCAGGAGUUGGAGAUCGACUGGGAUCUCUGGGACUCCAUGUUCCCGCCGGCUUUCAAUGAUGGGACUCUCGAUAUCUCAGUUGGCUUGGAGGAGGGCUGGGCUGGGCUUAUUUAG